GACAGGAUCUUCCCGAAAUAGUGCGUGUGGUGUGUGUGCGCGCGUGUUCUUAGAGUAAUUCCCCACGGCCGGUGCUCGGUGCGAUUUGGGUUGAGUGAAGAACGACUAUCCUGAAUCCGUUGGGUAAUUGUGGUGCCACAAAGGACAGGAAGCGCCCGGUUGGUUUUCUAAGUGCAAAGAAUCAGAUUUAUUAAGUUAUCGCCAUCAUCGAUUGGCUGUGGGAAGUGAUUCAGCGUGGAAGCAUUGAAGAUAGUGCGAUAAAGUGCGGGGGAACCAGUGCCCUGUUAUUGGUUGUAUAUCUUGCGAUAAGUGAGUUUGAUGGGUGAUUGAAGAAAAGAAGCUAACCAACCCCAGCGGACCACCGGAAGCAAGGAUAGCGCUCAGCGUGCAUCGACAGGCUUCAGCUUAUUAAAAAUCAUAAACAGUUUACCCAAAGCAUCAUCCCGGUAAAAUGACUCAUCUAGGAGCAAUCUGCAUCCUGGUCGUCGUUUCAGUUCUGGUCCAAAAUGCCAGUGGAAAGCGAGGUUGUGCCGCAUUCGGUCAUGCCUGCUACGGGGGCCACGGCAAACGGUCUUCAUCGCUGCCGGAAAAUCUUCUUCUCGGCAGCAGUGGCUCGGGGGGCUUCAGUAGCGGUCAGCUCGAUCGGAUACCACCUCUCCCAUAUGCCAAGCUUGCCCUGAUCAACCGAAGCAAACCCUACGACGUCGGCGCACCGGAACUGAGACUGACUGCCAACGAGCUGGCCACGGACAAUGGUGAACCCCUAGCCUACCCGGCUCCGAGCCGAUCUGAACGACAGGACAAGUUCGAACGAGGUGUACGAUAUGCAGUCAAUGCCAUCCUGCGACAGUUGCUGGAAGAGAGCCAAGCAGGUCCGCUUCAACGUCAACCGUCAUCGUCGGAUUUGAACUUCCAGCCCAGCGAAGCGGGCCAACUGCAGCAGGAACAGCAACUAAUGGACAACGAGCAAAAGUAAAUUCUGCAAACUACCCCCUCCUCCCCUCCCACCCCCCCUCUCUCACUCUCUCUAUUUCCCGCUAUGAUACGAAGAGACUGACUGACACUGAAUACAGGCAGCAACUGUAUCGAUGAAUGGUGGUUUUUACGGCAGCGUGUGAGUUGUGCGGUGGUUCAUUCAUCGAAACAUAAAUAAUGAAUCAAGAGCAGCGAUUUUUUUCAUUCGGUUUGUUUUAAAUUCGUUCGUUUGUAGCGCGUCUUUUCCCGUAAAUCCCAAUGUUUUAUGCUCCCCCCAUGUUACGAAAAGUGACGAUGGAAAAAACACGACAGAGAAAUUAUGAAUCUGAGUAUGAAUGCACGAAACAUCUCUUUCUCUCGCACUGUUUCCGUGCAAUGUAUUGUAUAAACAUAUACUUUAGAGAAAAGAAACCAAAAAAUCCUGAAGGAUAGAGCAGUUUCGAGUGCAAUCAGAAAAAAAUAAAAUAAAGAAAUGAUGAAACGGUAAGAGGUAAUUGUAUAGAAAGUGAAUCCUUUCAUUCAAUCUCCCAGGAGAAAUGAAGGAAAACUAUGUCAAUAUGCAAAAGUUGUUGUUGAAAUUUAAACUUAGGAGAGAAAACAUAACUAAAAAGGUGUUACACUAAGAAAAAGUGCACCCGAAAACGAGAUAAGAAAAAUAAGCACACACAGUCAAAAACAUGAACAUACAAAUAAAAAAUGUGGAGAUAAUAGUUGAAUGAAACUCGUGAGGCUGG